AUGUUCUCCACAUUUGCAAUUUUGGCUACUAUAUUUAUGACUAGUACGCAUGGAAAUCCAAUGAUUUCAGUAUCAGACGAACCUGCACGCUGUUGUAUACCAAAAUUAUUUAGUACACAAAUACGCAUAUCAAGUGCAAUGCUCUUAUUGGAUGGAAAAUCAAUGAUUUCAUAUUCCUAUAAUAAUUUUUCGUAUGAUGCAAGUCGUGGCUUAGUCAGAAUGAGAGGUGUCACAUUUACGGAACCCGAUCAUACCCAAAUCAAUAUGUGGACUAUUGAGAAUCAAAUUAAUGGAGAGAUUUACACCAUCAAUAUGGAUUCAAACACAUGUUACAAAUCAAUCAAUCGAGUCAAACCCAUUCUUUGUAUACCAGAUACAGCAAUGUAUGUACACUCAUUUACCUUUGGUGAUGGAGAUAAAAAAAUGAUUGGUGAUACUUGGCUUAUACGAAUGGAAGAUUACGUCAAUUAUGUAACGGUUAGUCGUGAUGGUCGUUGUGUACCACUAACUGGACAUUAUUACUUUCACAAUCCACAUGACGUCAAUACAUUGAUAAUGAGCGAUUUCAUGCCACAAAUUAAUGAUCUCAGUAUUUUCAAUGUACCAGACAUAUGUAAAACUGAAGUUUAA